CUCUCUUUAUUUAACCCUACUCUCUUUCUCUUUGUCCCUCCUCUCUCUCCCCCUGUCUUUAAAUCUCUGACUCUUGGGAUCCGAUCUCUUUCCGGUGGCUCUUCCCGAUGAUAACUGUCAAAUCUUGUCCAUUUACAUAAAAUCUCCUUUUAGGGUUUUUUUCUCUCUCUCUCUAGCUCUGAUGAGUACUUUAUAGUGUAUUUCAUGAAGUGUUCGAUCCUUUUUUACCAAGUACAAGAGGAAGAUUCAAUAGAGUCUAGUCACACACAAUAACUCAAAUCCUGAGCCUUUUGAAGGGCUUUGAGUUAAACCAGCCUGUUUUUGAGUUUUUUUUUGAGGCGGCUAAUCUUAAUACGUACGGAAAAAUAAAGAUUAAAGGAUGAAUUCAUUUUCACAAGUACCACCUGGCUUCAGAUUUCAUCCAACUGAUGAAGAACUUGUAGACUACUACCUGAGGAAAAAAGUUGCAUCAAAGAGGAUAGAAAUCGAUUUUAUCAAGGACGUUGAUCUUUACAAGAUUGAGCCAUGGGAUCUCCAAGAGUUAUGCAAGAUAGGAAACGAAGAGCAAAGCGAAUGGUACUUCUUUAGCCAUAAAGACAAGAAGUAUCCCACGGGAACCCGAACCAAUAGAGCGACCAAAGCAGGAUUCUGGAAAGCCACCGGAAGAGACAAGGCUAUAUAUAUAAGACAUAGCCUUAUCGGUAUGAGGAAAACACUAGUGUUUUAUAAAGGACGAGCCCCAAAUGGACAAAAAUCUGACUGGAUCAUGCACGAAUAUCGCUUAGAAACAAAUGAAAAUGGAACCCCUCAGGAAGAAGGAUGGGUGGUAUGUAGGGUGUUCAAGAAGAAAUUGGCGGCGACAGAGAGGAAAAUGGGAGGUUACGAUUCAUCGCCAUCACAGUGGUAUGAUGAUCAGCUCUCUUUUAUGGCCUCCGAGUUUGAUUCUAGUUCUUCACAACAGUUUCUUCCCAGUCACCAUUAUAACCGCCACCAUCCCCAUCAGCAGACAUUGCCUUGUGGCCUUAAUGUGUCUUCAGCUUAUGCAUACAACAACAACAACCCUAACUUGCAAUGCAAGCAAGAGCUCGAGUUACAUUACAAUCAUAUGGUACAACAUCAACAACAAAACCAUCAUCUUCGAGAAUCUAUGUUCCUCCAGCUUCCUCAGCUCGAAAGCCCUAAUAGUAAUGGCAGCUCUUUACCUUAUGGAUCAAGCAACACCAGUAAAAACACAAGAAAUAUUGGUAACUUGCAGCAAUCAUCAAAUCUCUCUCAUGAUGAACAAUUACAACAGGGGAAUCAAAGUUUUAGCUCUCUUUAUUACGAUCAAGGAGUAGACCAAGUGACUACUGAUUGGAGAGUUCUCGAUAAAUUCGUUGCUUCACAGCUUAGCAAUGAAGAGGCUGCAGCUUCUGCUUCUGCUUCUUCUCACAAAAACAAUGUCAAGAUCGACACGAGCAACGCUGCUUACGAUCAAGUGAUAGAUGAGGGAAUACAUUUGCCGGAGAAUGAUUCUGAAAGGGUUGUUGAAAUGGGAGAAGGAUAUACAAAUUCUCAUGCUGCUUCUACUUCUUCGAGUUGUCAGAUUGAUCUCUGGAAAUAGUGAUAAAAGUGAAGAAGAUGCAUGGAUGAAUAUAUAUGAAAAUUUACAUAUGCGAACACUACUAGCCGUGUAGAUGAUGGUGGACACAGUUUUAUACUUAAAGAUGGAAGGGGGAAAACAAGGAGUUAUUUCCCGGAUUUAUGGAGGUUUUGUACAUAAUAAAAACCUAUAAACUAUAUGGUAUUUUCUUUUUAUUACAUUAUUGAUCUAUAUGUUAUACGUACACAUGUAUGCGUGCAUGUAUGGAUGUAUGUAAUAAAUCAAUGUAUGCAUCCUUAAUUUUAUAUAUAGACCAUAUAUGAGUUAUGAUUAAAACGUGAGACCAAUUUUGUAUAUAUGAAGGACACCUACUUCUUAAUAAAAAUUAUACUU